UACAACGUGCCGCCGCGCGGGCUACGGUGGAAUGGUGGGGGAUUUGACGUUGUCGCGCCACGCGAGGCGGAAACACUUGCGCGCAAUUUUCGCAGCCGCAAGCUCCAUGAGCCCGCAAGGGCGGGCGGGUUCGUGGUGAAGAUGGGCAUGAGGCAGUACAAGACCGCCGCCGCGAACCUCCUGCAGCAGCGACCCCCACCCGACUGGAGUCGCGCGGGCCUGGUUUACCUGCUGAAGUGCUGCGCGAAGUACAGGACCCCCGCGGCCAAAAAGAUCGCAGAUGCUGAGAAAGCUGCCGGGCUUCGGGCUGCUGGCGUCGUCGCGCGCGCGCUGUCGGAGCUCGUGACCGAGUUCAUUCCCGGCUACGGUCGGCACCCAGAUGACCAGCAGCUGGCGCAGCUGGUCCGCGACUUUGUCGAAAAUGAGAUCAGGUCCUCCGUGCAGUGCUUUUUGGAGGUGGACAUCAGUAAAACCGAGAAGCAGCAGCGACUGCGGAAGAAAAGGCGCCUCGCACGCAUCGCGGCACUGCAAAGCGGGCGCCGCCGCGUGACGACGAUCUACGACCUCGUCCUUCUGGGCAAGGGGUAAAGAGAAGAUGAGAACGGCAACGGAGUUAGGUCUGAACUACAGCGCGUUUUUUACUAUCUUCAAGGAGGUGAGUCAUGGGAACGCAGCAAAUCCGUUGCAGCGCGGUUUUAUUUUCAAAGCCUCCAUUCGUCGCACGCCGUUCUUUCUGUAGAACGUCUUCGAAAAAACCUGGAAGUAAAAGAAGCGGAGCAGAAGGUGGUGAGUACAGAUGAUGCAAAGAUGCCAAAGUGCGUCGAGUUUUAGAGACGGAAAGAAAUUCUAGUAUUGUUGUUCGCUGCAACCACUGGAUCCAUGAAAAAAGAUCAUAGUUUGAUGUUAUAAAAAAUCUACAAUUUCAAUUUCUCGUCGUUUUUACGUCUCUAUUAUUUUAUUUUGUUUUUCACUUUCACAACGACUUUCUUAUGCACGCUUGCUAAAACAAAUAACUCUGAUGUCUGUGCGAAAAACAAAAAGUAUCAACAUCGCAUGAAACACUAGGGUUUUGAUGUUUUGCAAGUGCGAUGAAGCUGCAGCAAGAUCUGCCGCUUAAAAGAAGCUCACGGGAGGGCAGUACGUCAAAGAAUAACGAUGUAGAUUGAACCGUUGCGAAAGCUCUCAACGUCUUCACAGCAGCACAACCAGGAAAACCAAAACCGGAAAAAGCAAGCCCUUCCUUCUUUCAGCUGCAUAUGCAUCUUUUCUUCUAUUUGCGGCGUUGUUCGGGAUUCAAAAAUCGACGUCCAAUGAUUCGCUGCGAUCCUAACACUGUCCUAUAUGUGUCACAAAUAGCCACAGAAAAUCACGCGAAGACUUCAAGUCGAGAUUGAAGCUGAACUGAAAUAGUCUAUCUUAUGCUGAUCCUCGGC